AUGGCCGGCAGGGGUCCCGACAUUGCCUUGCUCAGUCGCACUUCCAACCCGCAACUCACCUCGUUAUUCUUCACGCGCCUCCCCAUCGAAAUCCGCAAUCUCAUCUAUCUCGAGUUUUGGAAUCUCUCCUCGUCGCGGUUACACAUACACGCGGAGGAAGUCCAGCUUCCACGCACUGUUGUGCCCAGCGUGGACCCAAGGAGUCGCAGGCUGCGAUGGUCCCACACGCGGUGCAUUGCCGAUCCACGUGCGCCUGACGCCCGCAUCGACGGGUGCUCCCGUGCUAGGUACCUCGAAUGCCUGCCAUCGAUUUACAGCAACACCACAUUUGUCUUCACCAACGAGCGAGAGGCGGUAGCCUUCCUGUUGGCCUACGGGCAGGACGAUGACCGCUACCCGCUCCGCUCCUUAGAGCUCUGCGUUCGUGUGAGCAGUUUUGUCGGCUGGAUUUACGCCUCAGAGCCUGAGGACGAGGUGCAGCCGCCACCUCACCUCUGUGCCGGCCCAGGUGGUCCGGGCGUCUCCAUCAAGUCCAACUCGUGGCAUCAUGUGUGCGACCUGUUAGCAAAGCUACCGAUCCUCCGCUCCUUGCACGUGUGGGUGGACGCUGAUGACUCACGACCAUGGCACCGCCGCACCAGAGAGACACGCUUCUUCAAAAGGCUAUUUGACGUCCGCGUUGCAAACGGGGGGUCACUUCAAAAGAUCAAAGACGCUCCGUUCGUCGUGGAGAGGGGCCCAAGACCGGCCUAUUGGGACUCCCUGGGCUACUCUGAUGAUGAGAUUGAGGACGACCUCGACUACCUCCCCAUUAUGGUUGGCUGUACCGGCUGUUAUAAGCGUUUCAACUAG